AUGGCCGCCUCUUCAGGUUUCAUCUUGUUUGGCUAUGACAACGCCAUCUUUGGAGGCAUCCUUGUGUUGCCCUGGUUCCUGGAAACGUAUAACCAUCCUGGCUCCGACAUUCUUGGGACAGUCAGCUCCCUCUACAAUGUGGGAUGUGCAGCUGGUUCCAUCCUGGCCUUCUUCUUGGGAGGACAACUUGGCCGCAAGAAGAGUAUUCUGUAUGGCAGCGCCAUUGCUGCUGUAGGAGUGGUGAUUCAAUGCACGGCCGAAAAGCUCUCUCAGCUGCUCGUCGGCCGCAUUGUCACAGGCGUGGGUGUCGGCAUUUUGACCUCUACUGUCGGCUUGUGGCAAGCAGAAACGACGCCCCCGAGGAUUCGGGGCAUGUUCAUGUGCCUUGAACUCAUGCUUGGAGGAUGUGGACUUGUGAUUGCCUUCUAUACGAACUAUGGCUUCCAUAGUGACACCUCUCGUACCGCCUUCGUCUUCCCUUUGGCGCUUCAGACUGUCUUCAUUGCCAUCAUUGGCAUCCUGGUCGCAAUGCUCCCAGAGUCUCCCUACUGGCUUUUAAAGAAUGAUCGCCCCGAGGAGGCCCUGAAGGUUAUCCUGCGCCUCGAGGGCCACGGUGCCACUCGAGAUCACCCGCGAGUUAGGCAACAACUCCUUGAGAUCUCCGAAGCAAGACAGCUGGAAGGAACCGAGGGUGGCUUCUUCAGUGGUGUCUUUGUUAAUGGUCCGACCCAAAACUUCAAGCGCAUUUGCUUCGGAACCGGAAUCAUGAUCAUGCAUCAACUGAAUGGCAUCAACAGUGUCACAUACUAUGUCCCCACUUUGGUGACUACCUUCAUCCAUGCGUCCCAUUCGACCGCCCUCUGGGUCAGCGGUCUCUUUGGCGUGGUCUGCGUCGUCUUCUGCAUUUUUCCCGUCUUGUGGGUCGACAAGGUGGGUAGACGACCAUUCCUUUGGGCUGGCAGUGCGGGCCAAUGUAUCUGCUUUGCCAUCAUUGCAGCACUUUUCGCCACCGCCCCUAAAGGAGGCAGCUCGACCUACGGCAUCGUCACUCUUGUAUUCCUCUUCUUAUACUACGCCAUCAACAUCACUUCAUGGUUCCCCAUCACCUGGCUCUAUCCAGCAGAGUUGAUGCCUCUGAAAAUUCGCGAGAAAGGAAUGGGUAUUGCCGUAUUCUUCUACUGGAUGUUCCAGUUUAUGAUUGUCGAAAUCACCCCUAUCGCUCUCACGAACAUCGGUUAUCGGUUCUACAUCAUUCUCUGUGUAUUCAAUGCCGUCAUUGCAGCCAUCAUUUUCUUCUUGUAUCCCGAGACAAAGCUGAAGUCUCUCGAAGAGAUUGAUUUUUUCUUCGCAAAGGCAGAAGUCCCGGUGGGUAUUGACAAGACCGGAAUCGAAGGCGAGAUGGUACCUAAGAGAGAUAUGGAGAUUCAUUUGGAGAAUGUUCACCAUAACAACGGGCAUACUGCAUCUACUAGAAGCAACUAG